CAUUCACGUCCCAGCCCGUCCACACUAAUUGCCGUGUCCAGCUUUGCCUGUCAAUCUACUGUUCACCAAAACCGGAACACUCACGCCAUACCCUGCAAACCCGCUGGGUCCAGCAUUUUGAUCUACGUCUCGUGGUUUCGAUGGUCUUAUCAUAUGCCUAUCGCGUCUUAUACAAGUGACGUCAUCAGAGCCGCACAUAUACUCGAAACCCACAGAACACAUCUCUCCAUUGACAUACAACUCAGCAGCACUUCGGUAGAAUCGACACGAAGAACUCCCUCAGCUAUCUCCAGAUUUAAAAUUGCAAGAGAUAUCCAAGGAACAUGGCAGAACUAGCAGCAGGCGCAGGCAUCGCGCUGGCCGCUGAACAAGUGGUCUCUACGACAGCACAGGUGGGAACCGCAGGCUACAUCCUCACCAAACCAACCCAGCCCUUGAAGGCCACCUUUACGCGGAUUGCGACAGCAGACGACGAUGAUCUCGAUAGACGUUCCCUCACACGCUCCCACCACACCCUCACCAUCUUAAACAACAAAGCCCACAUCUUCGGCGGCACAACCUCCGACGGCAAAGUCGCUACAAAUGACAUACACAUAAUCAACCUCUCUCCUCAAAAGAAUCCCCACUCGCCGGAAUACCAAUUGAUCCCCGCAAUCGAUCCUUACCCAUCUUCCUCCGUCUUCACCCCACGUACCCACCACGCCGCAUGUGCAUACGACCGGCACAUCGCAAUUUACGGCGGAACCUCGCCAUCAGGCUCCCCCAUCUCCGAAGAUUCUUGCGUUUGGCUGUACUCUCCAAUCGAAAAAUCAUGGACCCGGAUUCCCUGCCUUAACGCGACUCAAGAAACAGCACCAGGUCCGCGUAUCGGUGCCCGCCUUUUCGCAGAGGGACUAACGCUGUACCUCUACGGCGGCACCACGCAAGACGGCCGCAUCUCCUCAGACCUCUACCGCUAUUCCAUUCCCACGAGAGAAUGGGUCGCCCUUCCUAAUCCCCCGGCGCUGGCUUCGCCCACCAACGCCGCCCUCGCGGAUGGGCAUCUCUAUCUCAUCACGUCCGCGGAAGAUGGCAUGAGUAGCCAGCUUCAUAUCCUCGCCCUCGACAACCCCACGAACACCUCCCACGCGAAAGAAAUGACAGCUGCCGAGAAGGAAAUGAAAUGGACAACCCUCACAUUCCCAACCAACCCUAUGGCACCCGGUCCACGAGCGCGCCACGACGGCGCACUGAUCCCGAUCAGCACGGGCUACGGACGCAACUAUCUCGUGUACCUGCUAGGAACCCGAGAUUCACCUCUCCCCCCUGCUUCUCCUUCUGACGAGAAAACAAAAGCUGAAGAACCGCCGCCGCCGAGCCAGUGGAGCGAUACAUGGACGCUGCAACUCCCUUCUUCCUCUGUGAUCCAACACCCCCCCUCUAACCACCCUACCGACCCUCCUUCCUCCAACGAAAACACUGGCACGAUAGAUACGCUGGCGUCGAAAACCCCGAGUCUCAACCCCGCGCAUAUCAAAGACGCACUGCGCACCUCCGUCGGCGCGUCACCGGGGACCUUCUCCUGGGCGCAAGUCGAGAUCAACAUUCCCGAGGAUCCGGCGAAUCCUUCCUACCACCCUCCUUCUGCUUUUUCUAAGAAAGUGGGUGAAGUUGUCGGGGCUGUUAAAGGCGCCGUUGCUGGACGGGGAGAUGAAAAGGAAAGUGAUGACAAUAAAGACGGUGAGGGAAAGGAAGUUGGUGCAAGAGUAGAAAGUGGCAAGUUACAUCCAGGGCCUCGAUCCGCUUUUGGCGCGGAUGUCGUCCGUGGUGGGGCGGAUGGUGCGGGGAGUCCGAAUAGUGUUGUUUUCUGGGGCGGUGUUGAUGCUGGGGGGAGGUGUGUUGGGGAUGGGUGGGUCGUUGCGUUUGAGUGA